AUGGAGCCAAAGGAUACAGCAGAGGAGCACCCUCCGUACACGGUGCUACAGACCUCCAGGGCGGCCAGCAAGGGCGCAAGUGGUCUCGGUGGGCGGCUCCUAAUCGUAUUCGCAGCUUCCUCGCUGCUCUUCAGCGUGUGGGCACUGUCGACAUUGAGUCCCAUCUCAUACCUGCAGUCGUCUCAAUUCGCCUCGCUACCUGAGCGUUACGUGAUCUGCUCCACCAGCGAACGUGGUCGACUUCAUAUCUCGCCUUCAUCCUCCGUCGCAGGGUCAAUUUACACUGGAGACGAGGAGCGUUUCGACGAACAGCAAGGCUUCACGCAAUGCGUUGGCGUGGAUCAAGGAAUCGUCAUGCAUGUCGGAGAGGAAGAGACCGUUCUUUCCAGCUUCUGCAAUCCGGUCGACGGGUCCAGUACUCCUCGCCAUAACGCACACCAACAGCAACGACGAGGUCCUCGGAGCAACAAAGCCGUGCGACUCAGCCGCAACAAAAGCAGCAAAACCGGAGGAGCGCUGCGCAAGAAGACGGACUGCGCUGUGCGUAGGCUUAAGCCAGGUCAGACGCUUUUCCCUGGCUUCCACGAUGCUCAUGGCCACAUCCUCGACUAUGGCUGGUCUCGCACUGUCGCCAAUCUCGUCGGUUCGACCUCAAUCCAAGAUGUCAUCGACAGGCUCGAGGCCUACGUUCGCUCCAAACCGCACCUCUUGGCAUUCGCACUUGCAGACGAACAUUCUUCAGCUGCUGCGAACACAUUAUCGAUACCCUGGAUCGAAGGGAUAGGAUGGGACCAAACCAAGUGGACGCCGUCCGAGUUCCCUAGCGCGGCAGACCUCUCCCGGUCGACGCUCUUGCGACGUUUCCCUAUUGUACUGCGUCGCGUUGACGUCCAUGCGCUGUGGCUCAAUGAGUUGGGUAUCGAAAUGGUGAUGCGCGGAGCAAAAGGUUUCCCGUCCUCACCCAAGGAGGAUCACAAAGUCGAAGGUGGGCUGGUCGUUCGUGAUGCGCACGGCGAGCCGACUGGUAUCCUCGUCGACAAUGCCAUGAACUUUGCCUACCAGGUCGUGCCGGCAUGGACCGACGACCAGCGCAAGGUCUUUUUGGAGGCGGCUACCGAAGGUCUCGUUCGCGUUGGAAUCACUGCGGUAGGCGAUGCUGCCACCGACCUCACAGCUGCCGCGUUCUACAAGAGGAUGGGGGCAGAGGGUCAGCUGCGUUUCCGUAUCUACUCGAUGCUGGCCUGUCCGCCCGACGAAAGGCGAUGCGCUCAUCGAGCCGAGCAAAUCAUCCCAGAAACCUCGACUCGGAUCUCUGGCGCUGCCGUUCACAACAUGUUCACAUUGCGCGCCGUCAAACUCUUCAAUGACGGCGCGCUCGGCUCGUGGGGGUCGGCGAUGUGGGAUGACUACUCGGACAAGCCCGGCGAGCGAGGUCUCUUACUGAUCCCCGAGCAAGAACUUCCUUCCUUAGUAGAAUACUGGAUGGAGCGAGGCUGGCAAGUUUGCACCCACGCCAUUGGCGAUCGAGCCAACACGCUCACCCUCGACGCAUACGAAAAGUUCUACCGCUCCCAUGCUCACGUCGAUCGAUCCUCGCUCAGGCCCAGAGUCGAGCAUGCUCAGCUGAUGCGACCUGCAGACGUGGACCGCUUUGCCCCGCUCGGGGUUAUUGCUUCGAUGCAGCCUACCCACUGCACAUCCGAUAUGGGCUACGUCGAGUCUCGAAUCGGCAGGUCUCGUGCUUCCCACGGCGCUUACGCCUGGAAGUCGCUGCUCAAUUCUAAUGCCAGCCUUGCGCUGGGGUCGGAUUUCCCCGUGGAGCUACCAGAUCCUCUGCAUGGCCUCUACUCGGCCAUCACACGGCUCGAUGCAAACAGCGAUUCUCCUCAUGGUUCGGCAGGCUGGUUUCCUCAAGAAAGGCUCACACGCCGAGAGGCGCUCAAAGGAUUCACACAAGAUGCCGCAUUCGCGCAGUUCGAAGAGCACAUCGCAGGCAGCAUUGCUGUGGGCAAGAGGGCAGACUUUACAUUGCUCGAUCGCAACAUACUAGAUGAAGACAACAUCAGCCCGGCAAUGGUAAGAAGUGCAAAGGUCGACGCAACGUUCGUCGGCGGCAAAGUUGUGUUUGACAGGUAUGCGGCUUCUGCGCUCGCAUCGACUCGGCCAGACGCAAGCUCUUUCGUUGUCCGAUUGACGGAACAGGUCCAAAGCCUGGGAGUUACGGCUCUGGCCUUCCUCCGCAAACCGUCUUUGGACUCUGCAUCGACCGCAUGGGCAGCACUUUUGAUCGCCGUCCUCUUUCUCCUACUGCGUUCCAACGAGAGAGAGCCGUACCAGACCAUGUCGUGUCUCGCACUCAACACGCAGCCACCCACGACAGCGUGGAUGAACAUGGGCUUCUGGACGCCACAGCUCGGUCGAUCCCAGCUCGACUUCCCGCUCGCUUGCCAGACGCUUGCCGAGCAGCUGUAUUCCGCGGCGGGACUCAAGCCAAGGAUGAAGGUGUUGGACGUAGGAUGUGGUGCUGGCCAGUCUACCUUGUACUUGCUGGACGCGUUUAAGCCCACAGUACUGCAUGCGGUGACGAGUCUGCCGGAGGAAGCCGCCUUUGCAUCUGAACGGUUGCAGCAUCGCCUGCAUGAGAGUCAUAAGGGUAGCGAGGUGCAGACGGAGGCCAAAGUAUGGGCGCAAGAUGUGCUCGAGUGGCUCAGGAGUGGUGAAGGGGAGGGGGAAAAGUACGACGUUAUCCUCGCCCUCGACUGUGCAUUCCAUUUCAGCGACCGAGCAGAGUACAUCCGGCUGGCGACCAAGAGGCUGAAUCCAGGAGGCAGGCUUGCAUUUGUCGAUCUGCUCUCCGCCUAUCCUUGCCCCGCAGAGUUGCCGUCGUCGAGAGUGGUGCUCGGCAACCCGCCAUAUCCGAAGCAAGCUCCUUCGCCGCUACUUCGGCUCAAGCACAACUUUACGUGCCUCUUGGCAUCGGUCAAGCCCAAGAAUCUCUGGUCGAUCGAGCGCUACUUUGACGUUCUCCGUGCCGAGGGCGGGUUUGAGCCGAAAGGCAUCGAGAUGCGCGACAUUACAGCUGACGUGUUUCCGGGAUUCGCUCGGUUCCUGCAAUCGUUUGCGACCGAAGGUGCGGCCUGGAGAGGGGGCGGAUGGGUGAUGCGCAAAGGCCUGGGUGCGUUCAGUGACGUGGUCAAGGGCUGGGGCGAGGGAGGUGGUUUGGUGCGUAUGUUUAUCGUUGUUGCGCGGGUCGAUGCUGCGAAGGAGUAG